AUGAGUACGAUGAAUACACCCGUCGCCUCACUAACUCUAGAUUUUGAAUCCUAUUUCCUAGCGCACCUACUAAGAAAUUGUAUCAUCGAAGCUGUCCGCGAAUGGCGCGAGAAAAGAGAAGAGGAACCUCCGUGGGAUCAUGAAUUCGAAAGACUUGAAUCGGCGUGGCUUGCUUGUCUUGACUUUUUCAUCAAGAGGCUACCCGACACAACGCAGCACGUAAUCCGGGAACAUAAAGAAACCCGCGACACGAUUCUAUCAAUGACCAAAUCAUGUAUUCCGGACACAUGUCCGUGGGAAAAGAUUCUUGUUCUGGCCCUGCGUCCGUCCCAAAAUCCAAGUACAAUGAUCAGCUGUAUAAUUUGCGAGGAUACCCUAGAGAACCCUCGCUCAAAGUAUGAUAUCUUGACAUAUGCGCGAGGAGACCCAUGUGACACCACACGCAUCAAAGUGGACGGAAAGAUCAUUCAGGUCACAGAGACCCUCGAAUCUGCCCUCCGACAUUUGCGGCAACCAAGCAAAACUCGUUUUCUCUGGGUCGACCCCUUCUGCAUCAGAGGACACGAUGAGGAAGGAUGGCAAAAAGAUAUUGCUACGAUUAAUUCUAUAUUUUCGAAUGCCAACGAAGUUCAAGUUUGGUUGGGCAAGGAGUCGAGCACAUCUACCGAGGCCAUAUCAUUUCUAGAGGACUUGGCUAUCAAAACAGCCAGAAAAGUAACCAGAGAGGAAGUCGGAGUUCUGUUCACCCCGGAUGAAGGACUGGUCAUAUCUGCUCACCUACAAGCUGUAUCAGCAUUGAUGUCUGUGUCAUGGUGGGAUCGUGCCGGAUUACUGAAGCAACUUAUGUCUGGUUGUAAGAUCAGAGUGCGGUGUGGAAAUAAGUCGGUUGAUUGGAACAUACUUGCUAUCGCUCUGGUAGCUUUAGGUCCGAAAAGCUUUGAGUCUCUCGGUUAA